GUAGCGAGCUAUUCUUGAGGUUCGACUUUCCACAUCACCGCGCGACGCCGGCAGGAAAUUGUUAUAUGGAAGAAAUUCUCCUGAACAACUACUUUUUACAAAUUAUGUAUAAAGUGAAGAAAAUUAAACAUCUUAUUUCGUACACAGCAACAUGCUUCUGAUUCAGACUCUCCGCUUAGCUGUAAAAAUACAUUAAUCAGAACUGCGUGGCAUCUUCCUAAUCAAGACUUUCAAUGGGGCCCAGUAUGCUUCACUUCAUCCAGAAGUUUUCUCGAGCAUCUUCAAAGAUGCUGAAGUACCCUUCCACAAUCAGACUAGGAGCCAGCAGGAGAAUAGAAACACUUUCUCUCAAGACAUGUCUCCAGCAGAACUUUUCUCCUUUGUUUCCAAGGCCUUGGCUUUUCUCAUCAUUUCCAGUGUGUAUGAGCAAGACACGAUAUUAUCAUACUUCCCCAUGCAGCUUUAAGAAGAAGCAACAGCAAGCAGUACUUCCAGCCAGGCCACCACGAACCAUCAGUUACCUGCCUAACAGCCCAAAGCCAGCAUUAUACAUAACUCUGGCAGGACUAAUCCCCUUCGUUGCUCCACCACUGGUCAUGGUGAUGACAAAGACUUAUAUUCCCAUAUUAGCUUUUACUCAGAUGGCUUAUGGAGCCAGUUUCCUAUCUUUCUUAGGAGGGAUCAGAUGGGGUUUUGCUCUGCCAGAAUGUAGUCCAGCCAAACCAGACUUCUUCAAUUUAGCUAAUAGUACAGCUCCUGUUGUGUUUUCAUGGUUUGCGUUCUUUAUUUCUGAAAGACUCAGUGAAGCUAUAGUCACAGUAAUAAUAGGUUUGGGGAUAGCAUUACACACUGAACUUUUUCUCUUGCCACAUUAUCCCAGUUGGUUCAAAGCCCUGAGGAUAGUAGUCACUUUAGUGGCCUUUGUUUCACUUGUAAUCACUUUACUAGUUAAAGAUUUUUAUCCAGAGAAAGGACCCAAGAGACCUGGGCAAGUAGAAUAAAUAUAACACUGCUCUGUAGAUGACGUUAGCAUGUUGGCUAGAAGCCCUGCAAGGUUGUAUUUUGGCAGAACCUUUUUCCACCUCUCCUGUUUAGCUCUUUUCUCCCACCAAUGGUGAUUUAUUCUUCACAAAUUAUUUUUUCAUUUAUAGAAAUCACAGAGAAACAGCUUGAAAACCCCUAACAAGUCCUUUUCAUGUUGUAUUAGGUUAUAGUUCUCAUUUAGUCUUUUCAUGAAGUACAUAGUCAUCCACUUAAAAAUUUCAGUGUUUUGGGACUUCCUGGUGGUGCAGUGGUUAAGAAUCUGCCUGCCAGUGCAGGGGACACGGGUUUGAGCCCUGGGCCAGGAAGAUCCCACAUGCCACGGAGCAAUUAACCCAGUGAGCCACAAGAACUGAGCCCAUGCGCUGCAACUACUGAAGCACACAUGCCUAGAGCCCAUGUUCUGCAACAAGAGAAACCACCUCAAUUAGAAGCCUGUGCACCCCAACAAAGAGCAGCUCUUGCUCGCCAAGACUAGAGAAAAAGCCCACGCACAGCAAUGAAGACCCAAUGCAGCCCCCAAAGUUAAAAAAAAAAAAAAGUUUCAGUGUUUUAAUUGUUUUGAAAAAUGUAAAUUAAAAAAAAAAAGAUGAAAAACCCUUUGUGCUAGAGCUUUAGGAUCAUUGAAAACACACACACACAUUCCCACCCUCAGAGGAAAACUUCAUAUCCAUGAGCAUCUGAAAACAGUAGGUGGCUCCAGUGUGCAGCUGCCCCUGGGAAUUGCAUUUCCAAGCUCAUUUUACCUGGCAUAACCUAUUUAUUUGAACUGAAAGGAACUGUGGCUCUAAAGUCAGUAGGGAGCAGUGUCGCAAGGGAAAGCUGUUCAAAGAAAAGCUAGACAUAUUUUCCAGGUUUUACCAGGAUAUUUGGCAGAGUAUAGAUGAAACUUAUCUCCAAAAAUAACACUAGCUGGUCAAAAAUACUUAAAAGAAUAAAGCCUUAACUAUGUACAAACUAGGAAAAGUCAAGCUGGAGCCAUCCUAAUGUUCUAUCUAGUUUUGCAUGUCAACUCAUACAGAAGAAAAAGCAACACCUUGGAUUCUAACUUGAAAGACUUGAGAUGCUUAGCCUCAAAAAAGGAAAAACAUUUUAGAUGCUGUAAGAAUAUAAAUCAGGAAAUGGUAUCAUCUGGUAUAUGUUACCUUUGUAUACGUAUUCAAAUAUUAGGCAACUUAAAUUUCAUAAGUAAAUUAUAUACAUAUAAUUUCCACCUUAAUAUUCUUGCUGUGGAAAGAUCAUAAUCUAGAGUGGUAACUUGUUACACACCUGUUACGGGUUGGAUUGUGUGUUCAAGCCCUAAUCCACAGCAUCUCAGAAUGUGACCUUACUUGCAAAUAGGAUCUUUAUAGAGGUAAUAAGGUUAAAAUGAGAUUAUAAGGGUAGGUUGUAAUGUAAUAUUACUGGUGUUCUUAUACCACAGGAAAGUUUAGAAAUAAACACAUAUACAGAGAGAAAACCAUGUGAACAUGAAGAUCUACAUGCCAAGGAGAGAAGCCUUGAACAGAUCCCUCCUUCUUAGCCCUCAGAAGGAACCAACUCUAGCAACAUCUUGAUUUCAGACUUUAGGCCUCCAAAACUGUGAGACAACAAAUUCUGUUGUUUAAAUUUCUGUGGAACUUUGUUAAAGCAGCCCUAGCAAACAAAUAUAACACUACAGAGCUAGAGCUUGUUCUGAUCAUUGAGAAGCUUACCAGUUAAAGCCUGUGGCUGAAAUCACCACACAAUCCUUUCUUAAUGUAGAGAAAAGCUUACUACAGCCUAUUAAAGGAAAGCAAGUUCAUACUCUUCAAAAGAUCCUUCUCAGAUUGUUUCAGUGAGGAAAAUUACUUCUCUGCUUCUCCUAAAUUGCAUGAGGACUACACAAACUUAAAACUUUUCUCUGAUCUCAACCUUUCAGGAUAGGGGCAAGUCAUAUUUUUAGGCUAACUGCCCACUUUUUUUUUUUGGUUGCGCCACAUGGCAUGCAGGAUCUUAGUUCCCUGACCAGGGAUGGAACCCAUGCCCCCUGCAGUGGAAGCACCGACUCCUAACCACUGGACCGCCAGGACAUUCUCUACAGUGUAUGAUUUUUAAGUACAUUUGAUUUUAAGUACAUUGGACAGUAUACUUAGAAGUGUACUGAAUUGUUGAAUAUUUUGGAGGAAGAUCACAUUAAUAGCUGCUCAGAAAAGAGAAUUAACUGUAAAACUAAAUGUGCAAGUCCCUAAAGUUGAAACACUAAAAAUUGUGGGCAUUCCAGUACAGUUUCAUAAUCUAAGAAUGCUGCUAAUAAACUAAGUUAAUUAGUAAUACAAGGAAAAGCAAAGAAAUCAAGAUACUUUAUUAGUACAUUCUU